GGCUGCAAUCCAAUCAAUGCAAGCUCUAUGGAUCCACUUGACGUUACAAAAGCUUCGAAGUAUUCUUUAAUUAGUCAAUUCGUAAAAUUCUUUGUUCCGAUUGGUCAAUCAAACGCUUCGAAACAUCAAUCGGUGCAAAUGAAGAUUAAGGUUAUCCGAUUGGUCAAAUUCUAAUCCUCACUUCUCAAGUUCACAAUCCUCGAUCUGCUUCGAUCUCUGUCGCUCAGUCUGACCGGGACUUUAGGCAUACUGAGGCAUAUCGCUGGUCAGGGUGAAACUUGCAAGUGCUUACGACACUUGUCUCUUUUUUUUAAGUGAAACAUAGUACAGAGAGCCUAAAGCAUUUCAAAAGCAUGCCCACACGAAUGUGAGUGCCAGAGUAUCGUCGUGCGACUGCAGCUGGUGUCUGCGAAAUGAGGCACGCGAAUUUAUUCACGCGCUCCGAGACGCGUGAUCGUUAGACGAGAAAGAAAAAACAAACGGCACAUUGCAUCAGGCUGUAAAAAAAAAGAGAUUUACCCUGCGACUCCUCGACGAGGUUAAAGUCCAGUCGGUACGAGCCGCACGGACGUUCGGUACAUCGAAUUUGCCAUGUCUUAUUGACCUAUUUAUCUUGAAAUCAUGUUACACUACGAGGACGCCAUAUUGGAAGCCAAAGAGAAAGAAGAGAAUUUACCAGAAUUAGAAGGAGUGCGACAUCGUAUACCAUGGAGCGAACGUGUAUUAUUAAAUAGCGAGAUACCUGGUUUACACGAGGUUAAAGAAUUAUUAGAUGAUGACGCAAGUUGCCUGGGGGAAGAGGAGGAUGGGGUCGGCUGUCCGUUGCCUUCGACGCCGGAAGAUGAUCAUCUUCUGGAUUGUGAGAUGACUGAAGUGUUGAAGGCAGGAGUACUGAGUGAUGAAAUUGAUCUAGGUGCACUAGCGCAUAAUGCAGCAGAGCAGGCCGAGGAAUUUGUCCGAAAGGUAUGGGAGGCAUCAUGGAAACAGUGUCACUUUAGAAAUCUGCCGAGAUGGUUGCAAGAUAAUGAUUUCUUACAUGCUGGCCACAGGCCACCAUUACCCUCGUUUUAUGCGUGUUUUAAAAGUAUUUUCCGAAUUCAUACAGAAACCGGCAAUAUCUGGACACAUUUACUAGGCUGCGUUGCCUUUAUUGGUAUAGCUAUAUUUUUUCUAACACAGCCUCCUAUAGAAAUUCAAUUGGAAGAGAAAUUGGUAUUUGGUACCUUCUUUGCUGGUGCUAUAAUUUGCCUAGGAAUGUCAUUUGCCUUUCACACAGUUCAUUGCCACAGUGAAUGUGUGGGAAAGCUAUUUUCAAAGUUAGAUUAUUGUGGCAUAGCUAUGCUUAUUAUGGGUAGUUUUGUACCAUGGCUUUAUUACGGAUUUUAUUGCGACUAUCAACCCAAGUUAAUAUAUCUGUCUGUGGUGGUUGUCCUUGGUAUAACCAGUAUUGUGGUUUCAUUGUGGGAACGAUUCGGUGAACCAAACUAUCGUCCACUUAGAGCUGGAGUUUUUAUGGGUUUUGGACUUAGUGGGGUAAUACCAGCUGUACAUUACGCAGUUGCCGAGGGUUGGUUCAAGGCGAUUAGCCAAGCAUCUCUUGGAUGGUUAAUAUUAAUGGGAUGUUUGUACAUAUUAGGCGCGUUAUUUUAUGCUUUAAGGGUACCUGAACGUUUUUUCCCAGGAAAAUUCGACAUUUGGUUUCAGAGUCAUCAAAUCUUCCAUGUAUUAGUAAUUGCAGCUGCUUUUGUUCAUUACCAUGGCAUUACGGAAAUGGCAAUGCAUAGAAUGACAAUAGGCGACUGCACAAAUCCAUCGCAGGUGUUGGCUUUUUAAAUCUGCGCGUGUGUAUACCUUCAUCUUGUUGAUAACUUUCAUGUCAUUUAUUAACCUAAUAAAAAGACUUCACAAAGAUUCCUAAAUCUUACGCUAGCAUAUUUGUGCUGUGGAAAGAUAUGAUAUAAAAUGUAUUGUAAAAAAUAGGAUGGAUAUAUUUAUAUAUAAUUCCAGAUUUUGCGUUAGAACAUAUUUUAGAAUGUGUUGCUUGUUUAUUUAAUAGAAUUUAUUUUAUUUUAAAGCUAGAAGUUAUACUUUUUGAAGAUGUCUAUAUGAUUGCUUGCGGUUUGAUAUUGUUGAAUAUAUUUAAGCUUCCUUUAAAGUCAAUGCAACUUGGAUAUAUAUAUUAAUACGAGAUUGAUAUAUUUCUUUAUAUAUACGAUUUAACACGUUAAUUAAUAGCAAAAACUUAUACACAGAAAAUUUCAUUGCGUAAUCACGGUGAGAUACAGUAUUAUAGCUAGAGUUUUCUAAAUUUUUCUGAAUACGAGAUAUGAAAGUAUAUAAUCAUUUUAAAAGAUACAAUCUUUCAAAUUCGGAUACUGUAAAUGUGAAAUAAAAUUCCGACAAAAGUGUACAAUGUAAGCUUCAAUAGCGAUGUAUUCUCAGAUUUUGGAAUUAUCUUAAAAAUUUAUAUGAAUAUUUUUAAAUAUAUUUUUUCCUUAUAUAAUCUCUCUUCAUUUAUGCGUAUAUAUGUUAUAACUAUAGCAAGAUAAAUAAUUAUAAUUAAAUUAUACAAAUUAUUAUAGAGAUUUAAAUUAUUAAUUGUUUUUGAAUUACUAAAAAUACCCAAGCAUUAUUUGGAUCUGUCUUGGGUACUUCGAUAAAAAAAGUAAAGAUCUUUAUGCAAAAUUUAUAUAAUAUUUUAUAUAAUAUGCAAGAAAUAUAGUAUGAAAAACGGACAAUAGGCAACGAAAACGAAACGUGUGUAUGACUAAGAUUUAGGAAGCGACCGUUGCUAUGUGAAUGAUUUUGUAGCAUAAGUACUAUGAAAUCUGUAAUAUAUUUUGAACAAAGUCAUUGUUAAAAUAGUAUAUGGAAAUUUGUUUAAUACAUAUUUUCAUUUUAUAUAUAUAUUACAUAUGAAACACGUGAUGUAUCAAUCUAAUUCUUUCAAAUGCAUUUCUUAUUUUUUAAUUUGUAUAUUGUAUUCAAAAUUCUUAAUAUAUAGAAUUCUGGUAAUAUUUAUAUAUAUAUAUAUAUAUAUAUAUAUAUAUAUAUAUAUAUAUCAGAUGUGUAUAAAAAAAUUUUAUAUGUAAAAGGACUCUGAAAGAAAGGAAGAAGGAUAAUGUUUAAUCUUUCAAUUAAACACGAUUGACUUACAAUUUGAGAUCUAAUUAUAUUAAAAUGUCAGUCAACUACAAUUCCUUAUGAUUCCUAUCUUAACGAUUCUUGAUCGUUAAGAUAAUAUAUCCUAAACGAUACAAAAGUCUGAAAGAUGUUAUAAAGACGCUCAAAACAUAUCUAAAAAAUAUUUUUAUGAUUUUUUCAAUUUUUGUACUGUCAGAGGUGUUAAGUAAUAACAUUACUUUCAAAGAAUUAAAUGAAUCUUUCCCGA